AUGGCUUUCGGUACUGUCUACGGUUCUGUCAAAUCCCCUCGUGUUGGUUUGGUCCUUAGUACAGCUGCGAUGCUGGGCUUGGGUGUAGAGAAUGCUUCAAAUACGUUACCUGGUUCUUUUCCUAAACAUUUGGCUGAUAAAUUUCCCAUACAAAAAAUUCCUGUUUUCGUGGGUGCUGACGGGACUAGUCUAUGGCAAUCUAUUUCCAUCGCUAGUUACUUUGCGAGCUUUGACCCAGUGGGAACGGUAGGCGGUGCUAAUGCACUUGCCAGGGCAGAAGUCUUGUUAUGGGCUUGUUUCUUCAAUCAGGAGUUUUAUGAUGCUUGUAUUCCCUGGGUAGCUGGCAGAAUGCGCUCCAUUCCGUAUGAUCCGAAGACUGAGGAGAAUUCUAAGAAAAAGACAUUUUCUGUCCUUACAGUGUUUGAGCGUCAAGUAAAAGACAAGGAGUUUCUUGUUGGAGAAGAUCCAACGGUUGCAGAUGCUGCCGCUGUGGCCCACUUGUACUUUAUAUUGUCAUCUGUUAUGACCAAAGAUGAUUUAGCAAAGUUUCCAGAAACUCAACGAUACUACAAGAAUGCUUAUCCGAAGGUAAAGUUCGAUCAACUCUGUGGUCCCUUACAGCUUUUAAGUGAACCAGUUCCUAUCCCUAAAGCACCACCAAGUCCGAUUUUAAGUAAGCGGGAGUAA